AUGUCGUCCGAGUCUUUACCUAUUACUUCGACUGCCUUCGCUGCAGCUCUCAAAGACCUGACCAUUCCAUUGCUCUACGCGAAGGUGUUUGAACUCCGCAACUCAAUAUCCCACCUCGAGCGAUCCAACACCGAACUCAAACAAUACAUAGAAAUAAGCCCAGGAGGCGAUGAAAUUUGCCAAGAAGCCAUAUCUGAAAAUGAAGAAGUCAUCAAGCGAAUGUUGGACCGGAUUGACCUCGUCAAAGCCGAGGUGGAGGCCCGUGGACAAGAGUGGAUCGAAUUAAAUGGCACAGACAAACUGGAUGAAACAAGUGAAAUAGGACUUGGACCUGAAGCGGAAGAUAUUGAACUACCUGAUGCACCGAUUACUGGAAGUGAUAACGAACGACUGCAAGUUGGCCAGCCCCAGACCCGAUCUGUUGAAAGCAACGGGGCAUCUCAACAGGAAUCGAUGGGGCCCCGGUCAGGAGGCAACGAAAGACAACAAGAAGACGAGUCAGAAGGGGUGUAUCUUUAA